CAAAGGAAACAAACAAGCACUCCAAAACUGUUUUCAAACUUUCGAUCAAAGGCAAUAAUCUGCCUUCUUAUGAGGUCGAGUUGGCUGAGCAGAGUGGUUUCUUCUUUGCUUCUGUCAGGGUUCAUUGCGAAUAUUAUAGUGACCGCUCUUAUCCAAGAGAGUAUGGAGCGUGGUCGUUUCCCAUCAACGAUUGCCGAGUUUGGGUACACUUUCGACGAAAAUGGCGAGCUGAAGGGCAAAGAUGGCCAAAGGUUUGAUUUUGAGGUGCGAAAAGGAGACAAGGAGUAUAACCAGCGCCACUAUGAAGCACUAGGAGAGUGCAUCACGCAACACGUGUAUUCUCUGCUGGAAACUGAUUGUGGCUUGGAGCGUGCAACGGUACCCGAACGCACUGCCACCAGAGGUCAGCCUACGAGCUUUCUAUUUCAUUCGUCUGACCUGGCGACGAACGAUCGCAAGCUCAUGGUGCUCAUUCAUGGCAGUGGAGUUGUACGGGCUGGUCAGUGGGCAAGGCGGUUAAUUAUCAAUAACAAUCUUAACGUCGGCACCCAGAUCCCAUUCAUUAAGCGAGCCAUAAGUGAGGGCCAUGCCGUGCUGGUGCUGAAUACAAAUGAAAAUGCGGGCCUUAACAGCAAGGGAGUGCGUACCUACAUUCCAGAGAGCGAUUCGCCGGAAGCCCAUGCGCUCUACGCGUUUGAGUAUUUCGUCAAGCCUUCGCCUGCGCGAGAAGUCUACGUAGUAGCGCACAGCUACGGCGGGGUAGUUGUCACUGCGUUGGCAAGAGAGUCACAUGCGGCUCGCAAUCGCAUCACUAAGAUCGCCCUGACAGACUCUGUGCACUCACUGCACGGCUGCUCGCGCAAGGUCGUCGCCUGGCUGCAGGAGCGCUCGAUCAACUGGGUUGCUUCAAAACUGCAGUUGGGUUUGCCCGUUUCUAGGUACGGUGGUGGUGCCCAUCUGCCAUCAGUGUCGGCAGGUGUUGACGUGCAUGAAUGGACGAGUUCGAGCGCGAUGGAAUCAAUAUUCACCUUCUUCAACGACCGACCGAGCGAUCCAGGCUCUGACAGUAGUCCAAAGUCGUCUGCUGCAAAACGUAGUAGUGACGGCGAAGCGUCAGCAGAUGCGAGAGUGGACAGUGGCCUUGCGGACUUGAAAAGCGAGCAGGACACGUCUAGUGUCGCACAAUCCGAAUCUGUCGAAGAGAGCCUACCCAUGGAGGAGUCUCAGUGCGUCCGGGAGAGCCAGCCGAUGGAAGAAUCGCAAUGUGUUCAGGAAAGCCAGCCAAUGGAAGAGUCACAGCUUGCUGGAGAGAGUCAGCCAAUGGAGGAAUCACAGCCGGCGUGAGUGGGUAGUGUUCAGAACCCAGACCGUAGCUUCCGCCACGGCCAAAUCCAGAUGUAUUCGCGUGGUGUGUUACGCUAAUGUGUGCUAUGAGCUGGCAUUCGUUACCCUGGCAACACAUCAAUGCCCAUGUAGUUAUUUGCCACAGCUAGGAGGUGAUAAGGUGCUCCGGAAAUGGACCAGAAUGUACUCAGGAGGCGGGUACUCCUGCAGUUCUCAGUAUGUUGGUAUUGUCAUGACUUAUGCGUGCAGGCUGAAAAGGUACUGCUCAGCCAGACAACUUUCCAAACUCAGUCUUCUAUGCCUCAUUAUUUUCACAGGACCACCAGAGUAGUCCCUGUACAUUCCCACUAGAGCACGCAUAUGCACGGUGCAUGAUUAUCAUUCCAGAAAUUAGGUGCUUAAAAAAAGUUCAAACACAUUAUACAAGUUGGGUUCCCUUGUUUUGAAUAUUUUCAACCGUAUGUAGGUGAUCGUUUUGUGCUGGCCGCUUUUUGUUCUGAAUGUCUAGUCUGGAUCAGAGUCAAGUUAUAAUAAUUCUAGUUUACCAUAUUGCACAAGCUGAGUUGCUAUUUACUUGGACAAAGUGCUCGAUGCCUCGAGUGCAGAGCCAGAUGAUAAGUCAGCGUAGCAGUAAAUAAAUAGCCUUGUUCCGUUGCCGACUUGUCAGUGUAGCAUACCAUGAUUUUAGUGUGUGUGUUUAUUCUCUCACUGCACUCUUCUCCUGUACACUUUACUAUUCUAAUAUUAAUUUUAUAGAUUUCUGAUUGCCUGCUUCUUAGUAAGGCUGCCAUCACCACCCAUAUGGCCAUGCACUGUGUCCAGCGCCAUUCGUUUCGACCAAAUUUCUACGACUUUAGCGAGAAUACAGCUCGCCUCACUGAAAGGCCUUGCCGACCUUCCAUGAAA